UCUUCCCUGUGAGGGUGGGCAGGCCCUGGCACAGGUUGCCCAGAGAAGCUGUGGCUGCCCCUGGAUCCCUGGAAGUGUCCAAGGCCAGGUUGGACGGGGCUUGGAACAGCCUGGGCUGGUGGAAGGUGUCCCUGCCCACAGCAGGGGGUGGGAGUGGAUGAGCUUUAAGGUCCCUUCCAACCCAAACCAUCCCGGGACUCUGAGUUGUUUCUGGUGAGCAGUGACAGCACUCAGGGAACGGCUGGAGCUGUGUCAGGGCAGGGUCAGGUUGGAUCUCAGGACAAGGUUCUUCCCCCAGAGGGUGGUUGGCACUGAACAGGCUCCCCAGGGCAGUGGGCACAGCCCCAAGGCUGCCAGAGCUCCAGGAGGGUUUGGACACCGCUCUGGGGGACAGGGGGGAUUGUUGGGGUGUCUGUGCAGGGCCAGGGGUUGGACUCUGAUCCCUGUGUGUCCCUUCCAGCUCGGGGUGUUCUGUGGAGUUGCCCAGUCGUAGAUCUGAGCCCAAAGGGAGUUUUCAGCCCCUCUGUGCAGCCCCCAGGGCGAGUGCCUGCCAGGGGCCAUUCACAGUGCAUGUCACCUGCUGGGGGGGAUCUGCCCCUGCCUUUUCCCUGAUGGAGCGAGAAUUCCUGCUCCCAGGAGCUGCCUCGCACAGGGAAAGGCGUUUGCUGAGAUUAAUUAAAGCCCAAGUCCAAGCUGGUGACACUUCAGAUUGCCCUGAACGCAGCUGAGUGUCCCAGUGUGUGCCCCAGGGCUCAGCCCUGAGGGAAAGGUGUGUGCAGGUGAGGGACUUCCCAGGGAGGACAGAAGUUGGGAUGGUCCUUUCCUCCUGCCUGGGAAGGUGAUCCUGCUGCUGGAUCCUGCGGCAGAGCCGGGAACCACAAAGCCUGACAUCCAUGCAAUCCCUCUGGGCUUCAUUUUUCCUUUCCUUUUUUCUUUCCUCCUCAAGGGGAAGGGGGCAACAAGCUUCCCAACCUUCUCACUACAUCAGAAGGAAGCAGGAGAACAAGAAGGCAGCACCCCCCGCUCCCUCCCCGGCCCUGCAUGUAACUCCCAGCGCUCCAGCGCAGCCGCGCGCCUGCGACCGGCGCCGCCAUGGAGAAGAGCGGGAACAUUCAGCUGGAGAUUCCCGACUUCAGCAACUCCGUGCUGAGCCACCUGAACCAGCUGCGCAUGCAGGGCCGGCUGUGCGACAUCGUGGUCAACGUGCAGGGCCAGGCGUUCCGCGCGCACAAGGUGGUGCUGGCGGCCAGCUCGCCCUACUUCCGCGACCACAUGUCCCUCAACGAGAUGAGCACCGUGUCCAUCUCCGUCAUCAAGAACCCUUCCGUCUUCGAGCAGCUCCUCUCCUUCUGCUACACGGGCAGGAUCUGCCUGCAGCUGGCCGACAUCAUCAGCUACCUGACGGCCGCCAGCUUCCUGCAGAUGCAGCACAUCAUAGACAAGUGCACGCAGAUCCUCGAGGGCAUUCACUUCAAAAUCAACGUGGCGGAGGUGGAGGCGGAGCUGAGCCAGACCAGGACGAAGCACCAGGAGAGGCCGCCCGAGUCUCACCGGGUGACGCCCACCCUGAACCGAUCGCUGAGCCCGCGCCACAACACCCCGAAGGGGAGCCGCCUGGGCCAGGUGAGCACGGUGCUGGACAUCCGGGAGCUCAGCCCGCCCGAGGAGUCCACCAGCCCCCAGAUCAUCGAGCAGAGCUCGGACGCGGAAGGCAGGGAGCCCAUCCUGCGGAUUAACAGGGCGGGACAGUGGUACGUGGAGACGGGGCUGGGGGAGCGCGGGGCCCGGAGCGACGACGACGUGCGGGUGCUGGGCGGAGUGCGCAUCAAAACCGAGAACCUGGAGGAGUGGCUGGGGGCGGAGCACCAGCCCUCGGGGGAGGACGGCAGCAGCGCCGAGGAGGUCACGGCCAUGGUGAUCGACACCACGGGCCACGGGGCGCUGGGCCGGGACGCCUACGCCCUGGGCUCCUCGGGGGCCAAGGUGGUCAGGCCGACCAGCACCGACAUCGACAGAUUUAGCCCUUCUGGCAGCAUGGUUGCUGUGACUGAGCGGUACAGAUCAAAAAGCGAGUCUCCCGGGCGGAUGGAUGAGCCCAAGCAGCCCAGUUCCCAGGGGGAGGAAUCAGCCAUGCUGGGAGUGAGUGGUUACGUGGAGUAUCUGCGGGAGCAGGAGGUUUCCGAGCGCUGGUUCCGGUACAACCCGCGCCUCACGUGCAUUUACUGCGCCAAAUCCUUCAACCAGAAGGGCAGCCUGGACCGGCACAUGCGGCUGCACAUGGGCAUCACCCCCUUCGUGUGCCGCAUGUGCGGGAAGAAGUACACCCGCAAGGAUCAGCUGGAAUAUCACAUCCGCAAGCACACGGGCAACAAGCCCUUCCACUGCCACGUCUGCGGCAAGAGCUUCCCUUUCCAGGCCAUCCUCAACCAGCACUUUCGCAAGAACCACCCCGGCUGUUUGCCCCUGGAGGGGCCCCACAGCAUCUCCCCCGAGACCACCGUCACGUCCCGGGGGCAGGCGGAGGAGGAGUCCCCUCCGCAGGAGGAGGCCGUGGCUGCGGGGGAGACGGCACAGGGAUCUGUGUCCACCACGGGGCCGGAUUGAAACACGGCUGCGGAGCGCGGGGAGGAAGGACCGUCUUCCCGUUCUUGGCUCUCCAGAGUCAGCACCAACCUGGCAGGCUGGUACUGUAAUUAGUGCAAUGCCACCACUGGACAGAAAGGAGCUCCCGAGAUGUUGCCAAAAUAGAAAAAUCUCUCUCUUUCUCUCUCUCUCUCUCUUCCUCUCACACACCCCCACACACACACGUAGGGUGUUAAACGUUUUUCUCCCUUAUUCCUCCUCCUCUCGGAGAAAAACAGAACAACUGUGUCAAUCAACUUCUUAUUCAGGGAUCGACAGGAUUUUAAAUUUUUUUACUGUUCCGUAGUGACCUGGGACGAGCAGUCAUUGGUAUUUCUGGACAGCCCCGUGGCCCAGCAGCCGGGCCCUGCAGAGCCAAACCCGCUGGUCCCGCUCGAGGGGAGAGCAGGGGCAAGGGCCCCGUUGCCUUUGUCCCUUCCCCAGGUAGAAUACAAAGAGACUGUGCUGGUGGAGCCUGCCUUGCCCGCCUGUAUUUAUCCCUGUCUUAUUUUUCGUGUGUCUCUUUACAUUUUUUGUUGAAGCUGUUACUUUAGGGCUUUUGGCCUUGCCCGUUGCGGGCACGGCUCCAAGGCGGAAUUCCAGAGGUCAGCAAGACGUGAAGGAAGCACUUGGGCUGCUGAGAGCGGGAUUUAGCGGCUGUGAGGUUGGUGUGAGACACUGAUGCCUUGGGAGUAGGGCUGGAGGGGUCUUUCGGAGGAGGUUGUUCCUCUGCUGGUGCUGACCCGGAGAGCUCAGAGCGCUCUGACGUCCCGGCCGUUGCUCCGGGGGUUGCCGAGGGUUAGGCAGAGAUUUUCUGGAGUGGCUGAAUUCCGGAGUUAAGAGCCUGGCUACCAAAGUCCUCCUUCACCCCUGCUCCCCCCUCGACACGCACUUGUCUUUUAUAACAGCAAUAUGUGAUACAGAAAUACUGCAAUGCUGUCGUCCCAGCCAAGCAAUCGUGGGCGGUUGCUUUUAAACCUGUUUCUACAAACUACUUUGAUAACUUUUUUUAUCAACGAGAUGCAAAAAGAAAAGAAAACCCUACCUUAUUUCCUUGUAACAGUUCAGGAGACUUUAGAGUGAACGGUUCCUAGAGCAAUCACAACUCUGUCCCCUUGCAUGGACUUCAAGAUUUUUUGUAUUCUGAGCAGCUCUGAUGUUUUUAGAGCGAGUUUAGCCAAGCUGGAGAGACGUGCCUGCGUGUGUGUUGUAGGUGUUUGCACGGGCUUACGUGGUUCAUAACCGGAACAGCAUGGGACAGGUAGAUAAGUGCAAAUAUUCUGACAUCUUUUGAAGAAGUCUUUUUGAAAACAAAAUAUGCAAUAUUUUAAGAGUUUUCUCUGGUUCUGAUGCCAAGUUGUUCACGAUGGAGGGGGGGUAACGAACGACAGGUCGCGCGGAUCGGGUCUGGUGAAGGAGUUCUCUUGAGGGCGUGGGAUAAAGGGAGGGUGAAGUUCUGAUCCUUAGGGUGAUGGGAGGAACAAAGAGACAUUGGAAAAGAAAUACACUUCAUCUGGCUUCGGCCAGAGAGCCGGGUGAGUGGUUGGAGCAGGGGCUGGGUGGGCAGGGGACUGACCACGGGACAGCAAAGCUUGACCCGCAGUCCGACUGCAGAUGCAAACAUCUCCAGCCUUUGCUUUCCCCACCUGCAAAUUGGGACUCAGGAUCAUUUUCCUGCCCCUUUAGAGGGAAGAAUUUGGGGGAGGGUGAUGUAUUCUUGCCUCACUUCACGGAUUUUUUUAUAAGCAAGGGGUCUCACUGUUCCUCCCAUCUCUCUCUCCAAAAGGAGACGUGGCUCUAAAGUGUUUCUGUGUGUGGGAAGGGCUUGGUGCCAGGAUCGUGUGUUAACAGGGAAGUGCUCCCAAGAGAGGAACCUUUGCGGGUGUCCCGAGCCAGGCACCUGCAAAGCACCAUUUCAUUGACCAUUUCAAACAGGAAAACUGAUAUUUCACCUCCGUUUUCCUUCUGUCCCUUCUUCCUCCUCUGCUGUCAAGUGCAUCGUCACACGGGCAGUGAUUUGGCCCCCCGAGGGAGCGGCCCCGUCGGGUUUCCUGGCGAAGGUCAAGCAGGAUGGUGCCCAAACAGUGAGGUUGCAGUGGCAGAAGAUGAGGUGAGAGGGUGGCUAAGGUAGGUUUCGUUGCAAUCGAGGUGCGGGAAGGAGCGGAGAUGUGCUGCUUUAGUCAUAGCUUUUGAAGUUACCAAAAAUGGGAAAAAAAAAUAGAAAAAAAAAAGAAAAGAGUUAAAGACUUUGAAAUCCUAUCCUGUUCACACUAGAGAGCAUCAAAAGUUACUUUUAGUUGCUUAAAAGAUUUUUAAGUGUUUUAAAAUAGAAAUUUUAAAAGAAUACUACCAAACUAUAAAAACAUAAAAUUAUUUAUAUACAUAUAUUAUAUAUAAAUAUAGUGGGAAAGUUUCCCUGCUAAGCUUGCUGUGAAGAGAAGGGUGAAGGUGCAGUAACUGCCACACGAGCAGCAUUUUUCUGAGACAGAUGGCAACCGUAGCGAGGAAGGGCUGACAUAAAAUGGUGACUGCCUUUAUUCCCAUGGCAUAGCUGUGAGUUUCUUGAGCAGGUUUGUGUUUUACUGUAUCGAUACUGUGAACGGAGGAGCAUCCGAACAGCCCGGGGGGUGCGCCCUGUGUGCUGAUUCACUACUUUCGUUGGCCUGGUGAAAUUGGUCCUUCAUAUCCUGCCAGGCUGAAAAACAAAGCUUGUGAAAGGUUUUUGAUUUUUUGGUUUUUUUUCCUCCUUUACAUUUUCUUUUGGUUUUGUUUUGUUUUGUUUGUUUGUUUGGUGGUUUGUUUGUUUGUUUGCUUUUUCGGUGCAGAGGUUGCCACUGUAUAAACGAUCAUUUCUGAUUGCAUGCAAAAGAGCCAAUAUUCUUGCCCGGGCCUCGCUGAGGUGAAGUUUAUAGCUUGUAGCUAGAGUCAGUAUAAGGUAUGGUAGUGGGACUCAUUUUAAUAUUAUUUCUGUGCAUUUAAUGGACGUGUAUGUAUGUGUGGGAGCCACGCUGGCUCUCGGACGUUGCUGAAAGCAGUUCAGGCCUGUCCGCGCUGGACGGCGGGGCCCGUUCCAAAGGGAUCGGUGUCGGACGUUUCUUUCAGUGCUUGAGCUCCUCGCUGCAGGCCAGGCCAAGGUUCGGGGAGAAAGGGGCUGGAGGUGGUGUAUGGUAUGGAAGAACCUCCUGUGAGUUUCCUGGCAGUGGCGUAGCCACUCAAGAGGUGCUGUCCCCAGCAGAACGCCGCCCUGGCCCCGUUGCCGCUCGCUGGCGCGGCUCUUCGCAGUUGCACCCAAGCUGUGGAGAAUCAGCUGCCAGCUCUCCAAGUGCGAACGCUUCUGGGAUGGGUUGAGGCGCAGCUUCGCAUUCCCACGUCUAGCUGCAGCUUUUCCUGCCAAAAACUGUGAUUUCAACUGUGAUUUAAGGAGGAUGUGAAGAGAACUCUGUCAUGUUUUAAUACCUCUGUACAUAACAUUUCUGUCCGCUUCAGAGUUAGGGCUUACUAACCCGUUUGUUUGCUUGCCUCAGGCGACAGGGAGAACACACUCUGGUUUUUGCAGUUUGUUUUCUCGGAGGGGAAACACAGUUCUUUGCUGCCAAGGAACUCACCCCCCAAAUGUGAAGAGUCGUGGUUAUCUCCUUAAGCCUGCAGCAAGCCCUGGUGCCAAGUCACAGCCCAGUGACGUGACGGUUGCCGUGGCUGUUCCUGCUGCUGCCAGGUUCCCUGUGAAUAGCUGUGAAAAUAACAAGGAUUGUGUUAAUACUGUGCUGCUGCUUUGGGAAAAAGCUGAACCUCUUCCUCUCAGGAGGAUGACCGAUGGGAAGCUGGGAAAGGGAGAAAGGAGAAGGUCUUUUUGCUCUCUUGCAGCGGGAGCGCGUGAAAACAAAUUGCUCUUUGUACUUCCAGCAGCCAGAGAGGGGUGAAUGAGAGGCUUUAUGGAAUGUGAAUUUGGAACAGGAGGCUGAGAACAUGCUUAAGGCCACUUAGUAAGAUCCAGGGCUAUCAGCCCGGCGAGAGCCAGAGCAGCCGAUGCCGAUGGGCAGUCCCUGGCUUGUCCUCCCAGCAAUGCCCACCAUCAGGUCAGUCCUUCUCCACCAUGUUCUCAAGCUGUGAUCUGUAUAAUUUAACUUUCAGAAGUUUGGGUGCCUGAGGAAGGGCAGGAGGGACAGAAAGCUGCUGUUUUUAAACCCAGCGAGGUCGGCAGCGGCUGCUCCCGUUGCCAUUUGACAGCUAUUCCGAGCUGGAAUAGCUCUGGGAACAAGCUGUGGCCUGGCUGGAAGGCUCAGCAGGGAGGGCACCGAGCCAGGAUUUGAGCCCUCUGUGGCAUCAGCGUUGAAAUAAAUGGCCAGGACAGCUCUCCCUGCUCGUCCCGCUCGGGUUCCCUCCCGCACCGCUGCGGUGGGAACGUCACUCAACAGCUCCUCUCAGCCAGUGAUCCCAGGCCUGCUCUCGGAGCUGGGUCCUCCCGUGCCUUUGGGUGAUUGAGCCCUAAGGAGGCCUUGGCAGGAGCAGAGCUGCAGCUUUCAUUUGCUUCUGACUUCAUCUCUGGUGCCGAACCCAAGGUGUAAAUAGGAAGACAAACAGCAGAGUUUGGGGUGGAAGGUGGCUUGGGAGGUAGACAGGGUCAUGUUGAGAACCAACAAAAAUAGCACUUAAAAUGAUUUAAACUUUAUCCAACUCUCCUCUUUGACCCGUGACAUGCCUGCCAAUUUAGCCGUGCCAGCAUCCAGGUGUUUCUGCAGAUCAGUGACACCAUGUGCCGUUCUUGCUCUGCUGGAAAUAUUUUGGGGAUGGGAGGAGUCCCUGCCCAUGGCAGGGGGGUUGGACUAGAUGACUUCUAAAGGUCCCUUCCAGCCCAAACCAUUCUGUAAGUCAAGGAGCUGUAGUUCAGGAGGCUUUUUGGGGCUCUGAGUUUUCCCUGGGAGCUGAGCCCGUGGCCAAGGCUGCAGCUGGAAAAUCUGGGAUCCGCUGACAUAGCGGAGUCUUUACUCCUGCCACGAGGUGAGAGCCAUGCACAGAGCUCUGACAUCUGCAGUGGAAGGGCCUAAAGAGGAGCUCAGCAUCCUUAAUUUAGUCAUUGUCAUUCAAGGGAUACUUUAAUAUAAAAUACAUGCAUGCACACGUAUGUGCAGUUAAAUAUUUGCAACCAAAUACAAGCUAGAACUAUGCAAACACUACUGGCUGCUGCUUGAAACUAAAGUCUACCAGAACAUUUUGGAAUAGAGUAGACUUGGAGGAGACUUGCUGUGGUUUGUUGUUGGGUUUCUUUUAAUAAAAUGCAGCAGACCAAAGUUUUGCUGCAGUUAGUCUUACUAGAGAUUUAGGUUAUUCCUAACCUGGAACCCACUCAAGUGGGUUGUAAAAUUAUCUGAAGAGUCCGACCAUCUCUAAAAUAUUUCCAUCUGCUGAAAGGCUCUGGCUUGGCAAACACAGGAGAACAAAGGGGCUGGGACUAGGAGAGAUUAAAGGUGGUGCUUGGGCUGAGAGAAGUAGAAUCAAGAAAGGACUUUGGGAGCAUUUUCUUUCGAAUGUAGGACUGAGUUGGCUUCUAGGAAUCUUCCUACUUGGGAAAGCAUCCAAGGCUGAGAUGGAGGCAGAGAUCAGAGCAUCCUCGGGAUGAAUCCUGGUUCUGCUGGAGAUCUUCCUGCUGAAUCUGAUUGUCCCAGAGUUUAGUCCGCUGGGAGAAACUCCGCGUGGUUUCUUUGUGUCAGAUCCCAUCUCUGCUUUUAGGAUUAACUGCAAUAUAUCUCGAACCUUCAGUGACCUUUGGCUUUUCAUUCCUGGGACUGUAGAAAAAUUCAGGUUUCCCAUAACAUUAUCCUCAUCCCAACUGUGAACAAGUUACUACUGCUUCUUAUAAUUUAUUGUCUUUCUGUUCCUGGACGUCUGUGUGAUCGGGCUGGUCGCCAGCACCACCUUCCAGUGCUUCAUGAGCUUUUAUGCACAGGGAAUUGUUGCAAUGGAAAAGUUGACCACGCUAGUUGGAAGAGUAGAAGCCUUUGGAGAAUGACUUUUGCUUCCUCUAGCUGUCAUUAGGGAGUGCACACACACAUACUGUAUAUACAUAUAUAUAUAUAUAUACAUAUAUAAAGUGUUUCAGUAUAAACUCAUUUAGCAUUAUUCUUAUUUAAUUUAUAUUUUAAUCCAGUUGUAAACCAAAGUAUUGCAGCUUGUGAGAAGAGGUGUCUCGGAAAUAGGAGGAACCUGAGGAGGUUGGAGCUCUGAAAGGUCUUUGCUGAUGAAAAACAUGGACGUGAAUAAGACUUAAGAACCCGUGCUGCUGAAUCCUAGGGAUUUGCAGCCUGGGGAGGAUUCGAGACUUGCUGGGUAAAGUUGGAUGGUGGGGCCUUCUGAAGGUGUUUUUCGUGGUCCUUAAUGGUUUUGUAGAAAGACAAGUAUGUCCUGGCAAGGCUAGAAAUUAAAAGGGAGGAGGCAGAAAAUCAGAGUGUGGCCUGGCACAACUGGGGGCUGGAGAGAGGAAGCCCCAAAAGCAGCCACUGAUGUAUUUAGUGUCUAGCUGAAAGUUUUAGAACAUGAGCCAUUGCCAUUUACCGAUGUCUAGAGGUGGUUGGGGUUUUUUUAGUACCUUCUGUGGAGAUGCAUGCUCUGCUCUCACCAAGGGGAAGAAAUUAUGGGUUCAGAGAUAAAACCUUGCUGAUUUUCCUGUGCCAAGGAGUAAUUGUCUUCCCAAGGAAUUAUGGGAACAAAUUCGGCUCUAACAAUCUCCCACAGCCUUGGCAGCAGCUCUUGCUUCCUCUAGGGAGGAGGGAGACAGCUGAAACAAGAGGGUUCAUGUGGUGUCAGGGGCUGGUGGCACGAGGACCCCCCUGGGUUGGGUAGGACAGCUGGAACAGCAGCAAAGCAUCACUGGGAAGAGGAGUGCGUGUGUCUGGCGUGCCCUGGAUGCUGCGGGCAGGGAAAUGCCAGGCUUGGGACCUGCUUGUGGGCAGGAGCAUUCAGGAAACCCUGGGCAAAGAGCCCUGUCCUGGAGGUGAGAGCUGAGCAGCACCGGCAGAUCUCCAUCCCAGAGCUGGGAACGGAGGAAAACGAGUCCCCUGGGGGGGCAGGUGUGAGGAUUCCAGAGACUCCAUGGGAAGGAACUGAAGGAUGGGAGGUGCAGGCUGGGAAGGGCAGUGCCAGGCAGAUUUCAAAGUGCCAUUUUCGGAGUGUUGGGUUUUCCAGCAUGUGGUGCAGACUGGAGUUGUGGCUUUUGUGUCAGUGCUCUCUCCUUCACCUGUGUCAUCUCUCCUCCAGGGAGGGCUUGGAGAGGACGGAGCCAAACCCUCCACAGGGGGAGGAGGAGCAGCAGGAGGUGGAAGUUGAUAUGAAGGAGCAUCAGGUUAGGUAUUACAAGGUAUUGUUUCACCAUGAGAACAGCCAAACAGCACUGGAUCAGGUUGUCCAGAGAGGCUGGGAAAUCCCUAUCCUGGGACAGUGCAGCCUCCAGGCUCCUGUUUCCAUUAGACUACGCCAAGCUGUGUUUUUGUUACCUUCUUUUUUUUUUAUAGUAUUACAAUGUACAAAUGGGCAGCUUUAAUGGGCUUCCUAGUUCAUAUCAGUUAAGCUUUUGAAACAUAUUCAGGUAUCUUUUAAAUACUGCUGUGUAAGUUGUUUAACCUGACAUAUUCUGAUUUAUUCUUUUACUGCAGUUACCUAAGGCAGUACUUAAAAAAAAAAAUCAGUGCAUUAAUUUUUUGCAGACUGUCAGCUAUGUUAAGCCUCCAGCUUAGUUUUUAUUAAUGUAUUUAACCCCCUCUCCCUCAGAUCUAUGGUGAAAUGCCUGCAUUAUUUUUAUAUUCCAGUGAGGCUUAUUUAUUGAAACCUUUGCAGUCAGCCCCAGUACCAUUGGCUAUGAAACUGUGAAACUAAUGAGAGAUGAAAAACGAAGCUGGAUUAGUUCGUUUUACUGCUGGUCAUAAAAUACAGAAAGCAGCGGUAUAAAGGAUGAAAUAGAAUUGGAAUUAAAUCAUGGAAUCACAGAAUGGUUUGGGUUGGAAGGGACCUUAAAGCUCAUCUCGUUCCAACCCCCCCUGCCGUGGGCAGGGACACCUUCCCCUAGAAUUCCAAGAGAAAUUACUGAGUCUGGGGUGGGGAGAGGAAUCACAGAACUGUGCCUGAGAAACAAAUUUUAACCUGACGAUGUCACUUCACUGGUUCCCCAUCUGGUCAAGCGUAAAAGCUGUUUCUUGAGACGAGGAGGCUCCCCGGGCUCCGCUCGUUCACCUGCGUGUCUUGGGCAUUGCUGUGAUCCGGGGGUUGUGCUCCCUCGUAUUAUUUUCGGAGAGUUUACGUGUCUAAGGAAACUCUCUGGAUUACUGUGAAGCUUUUCCUUAACCCUCCUGGCACGUGCAUUGGUGACUGAACACAAUCUCGGCUGCAGGAGGUGGGAGGGAGGCGGGAGGGGCCGUUCCCUGGAGGAUGGUGGCUGUGGGUGACACCAGGGAUGGGACACAGUGCAAUUGCCCUGCUGACAGAUGGGAUUUUGGCAAGGGGAGUGACGGCCCGGCCCCACUGUGGCUGUGCCCAGCCCAGGGGGUCAUUCAGUGGGCUGCACCCCUGCCAGGGUCAAGGUGAGGGUGGUUUGUGGGGGCUGUCUGCAGGGCAGCCUGGAUCUCCUGUGCUGCAGACGGGGCAGGGCUGGUGUAGGUGGCCUGCAGGUACUUUCCUCACGUGUUAGAAGGUCUCCUAAGCCGGGGUUGUGUUGCUGGGGGAAGCAGCCCAGGUGGAGCAUGGGUGAAUUUGGGAUGGAGAGCAGAAUUUGCUGUACCCUUUGCUCCAGACCAAGCCCCUGGGCUCCCCUGGGGCGCUGGCUGGGGUAGAGAGCUGACUCCAGGCAGGAACACACCCCUCAGCUCCUGCCCCACGCCUGCAGAGAGGAUUAGGGAAGGGUGAGGAGACUGGAUCCGAGGGUAGUUCAUGGAAAUGGAAGCAAAGUAUUCAAAGUACUGCUUUAGUCUGAAAAGGGAAGGGAAGCAAUGCAGUUUUCCCAGGCCCCUGGUGUGUUAAACACUACCUGGAGCUCCCACGAGCUGUGUCCCCGUUGUCCCCAGAGCUCCCCCCUUCCCCUGGUGUCACCCCGCCUUCCCUGUACAACACUGUGAAUAAGAUACCAGUAGCUCUUUGUAACGUUUCCAUUAAAAGUGCCCGGAGCAGGGAGUGCUGUCCUGCUGCAGGAGCUGUGACCCCAGCCAGGGCAUGGAUGGUUGAGCCUCCCCUGCGGAGCGCAGGGAGAGGAUUGCAGGAGUUCACGAGGGAAGUGGCUUUGUGUAGCAACUCGCUAAUCACAUUUGAUUUCCUAACAAACUAAACUGACAAUCAAUUCCUAAAAUAUAAAAGCCUCUUAGAGGGAAUAGUCAAGUGUAUCUUCACCAGAGAGAUUUAACUGGGAAUAACUUAAUAAAGAGCACAGGAUUUUUUCCUUUUUUUUUUUUUUUUUUUUUUUUAAAGCAAUCACUCCAGAAAUGGAAGCAGCAGAUUCACAGGACAAUAACUACCUCUCUCUCUCAGAGUGCUGAGGUUACCACACUACACACUCGAGCAGCAAAGCUUUCACUUCAAAGAGAUUUGUUUUCCUUACCUCUGUGUUUCAGAAAUGCAGGUCUGCUCUGUAAAGUGACUCUAGGAAAAUGGCAUCUGGCAGGAGCAGCAGUAGCCCCUCAGAGUCCAGAGUCCCUCCAGUUCCUUGCAGUGACCUUUGCAGGUUGGCUCUGGGGCUGUGACAGUUCAGGGGGGGCUUUGUCACCUCCCGGGUGCUGCACAACAGUGAACUGUCCCGUGGGCUCGGCGUCCUGCACUGGGAAAUCAGUCAGUGGUGGGAAAGUGAGGGGAGAAUCCAUCUCCCUCCUGCCUCCAAGGGAGCAGGCAGCAUUAAAAAAAAAAAAAAAAGCAAUAAGAUAAAAAUAAAAACACUUUUAUACGUCGUUCAUUAGUCAGCAGAUCUGACUCUGCCAACUUAUAUAUAUAUAUACACAAACACAUACAGAGAGCAGAUCUCUUGUGUGAAAAGGUGCCAUUUUUUUCUAACCAGAGUCCCUUUCCAAACUAGAACAGCACUUUAAAUAGGUUCCUCUUUAAAAAAAAAAAAUUAAAAAAAUAUAUAUAAAAAAAAAAGAAAACCCUUUACUGCAGCAAUGCACUUUAACUGGUCAGACGAGUACAGCUGUGGCUGGCCUGGGACACAGCUGGAUGGGCAGGAGGCUCCUGGGCAGCCAGAGCCCGGGGGGAGCCACGUUGCCAGCCCCUGGGAUGCCCCUGGGAUGCCCCAGGCAGCCCCAAAGGCAGCUCUACCUCCGGAGCCCCCCGGCCGGCCCAGCCCUGCAGGGAGGGACCCAGGGCAGCCCCGAGGCCGAGCACUGACAGGGCUGGGCCCUCGGGAGACUCUGCCAUCGGUCCAGAGAGCCCACCCUUGCCUGGAAAAGAGGAUUUAAACCCCGUUUUUAACAGGUCAGAAGUUGCACCCCGUUACAACCCCGCUGAGCUCGGCUGCGCAGCAACGCCGGGAGAAGUUGUUACUGGGGCUGUGGGGUUUUUCCAUAACCUGGAUAUGGAGCCCUCGUCAGUUCAGUAUUUUUUUUGUUUCUUUUUUUCUUUUAAAUGCAAGUUUGUGUGUCCCACAUUGAUUCUGCUCUGAGCUGGUUUGCAGAGUAACCAUUUGUAACAGAAAUUGUGCUGUCGCCUUCAACUGUUGGCCUAUAAAUCAAACUUUUUAGGACAGGUGUCCUAACACUCAAGACUUACUUUCACAGUUCAGAAAUUUCCUGCUGUACUAAUUAUUCUCCCUUUUUUUUUUUUUUUUAAUGUUAUUUUAUUUUUGGUUGUAAUCCUUAUUUCAAGAAGAAAAAGUCAGUGUUCAGACUAGUCUGCAGUAGGUUGAAGAGUGAGCCUGCUGUGUGUAACUUGUGGAUAUCAGACUGUUCUUCAGUGAUUUUCCAAGCUGGUCCUCCAGCACCACUUCCCUUUUCCUCUUCCAGCAGGUGCUGGCAGACCGUGGCCAGUGGCAAACAGGGACAGCCAGAGCUGCUGGAGAGGGGUGGGCAGGGGUGGCAGAGGGGAACCAGAGCUGGGGAAGGGGGAAAUAAAACCAAGGUAGAGGGACUGUACAAUUGCAUUGAAAGCAGUUUAGCAAAAAGCGCUCUCGUCGGACAGCUUUAAGAACAAUGUGAAUGAAAACUUAGCAACUUGGGUAGGAAUCUUGGAAAAUUCUAUAAAUGUAUACUUGAAAUUCUGUUUGUAUUAAAAAAACAAAAAAAAUCGCAUUUUCUUCUUUCUUUUAACACUGUGUAAAAGAACAUUAUGCAUGUGAGUGGUUUGAGAAUUAAAUGGUUUAAUACUCA